CGCACUAGUUUUGGCUUGGCUUGCCUGUUUUAGCUCCAUACCGCAGCGAAUACUGGCCAAAUUAACAACUGAGAACACGCAUCGCGUCGCCCAACAGCGGGCAAGAACGCCUAACUCGCUGCCGGCGCGACAGCGCCCUGCACAGACGCUGCACAGACCUCCACAGCUGCACCCUCUUCUGAGGGCUAUCACAGCGCAACAGCGGGAACGCGAUGGCAAGCCACCUCAACGUCAUCGUCGAGGGCUGCUGUCACGGCGAACUGGAUAACAUCUACGCAUCGAUCGCAGAGGUCGAGAGAAGACGAGGAGUGAAAGUCGACCUAUUAUUAUGUUGCGGGGACUUCCAGAGCCUAAGGGCCGAGCAGGACUACGACGCGCUCGCGGUGCCGCCGAAAUACCGCGAACUGAAAGAUUUCAAAAAGUACUGGUCCGGCGAAAAAAAGGCACCGGUACUGACCGUGUUCGUCGGCGGCAACCACGAAGCCUCGAAUUUCCUCGGAUCACUGUUCUACGGCGGCUGGGUCGCGCCGAACAUCUACUAUAUGGGGGCGGCUGGUUGUAUAAACGUGGGCGGGUGGCGGCUCGUGGGGGCCUCCGGGAUUUGGCACAAGCGGCACUACCAGCUCAAUCAUUACGAGUUACGAGCCGAAAGAGUAGAUGUCAGAGACGUUAUUAGAUCGGCCUACCAUGUGCGGGAGGUCGACGUGUUUCGCCUCGCGUUGUUAGGCGAGCGAUCCGUGGACGCGGUCGUCAGCCACGACUGGCCGCGGGGCGUGGAGCGCCACGGCGACGCCGCGGGGUUGGCGCGGCGGAAGCCCCAUUUUAGGGACGAAAUGCAGCGCAACGACCUGGGCAGCCCGGCGAACGAGAUUCUGUUGAACGCCCUCAAGCCGGCGCACUGGUUCUCGGCGCACCUGCACUGCAAGUUUGCUGCUUUGGUGAACCACGGGGACGGCGGGAAGCCCACUCGCUUUUUAGCUUUGGACAAGUGCCUCCCGCGCCGGGAUUUCCUGCAGCUCAUCACGGUCGAGCGGUCUAAAAGUGGCCCAGUAGAACUCGAGUACGACGCCGAGUGGCUCGCGAUCCUCAUCAAGACGCACUCUUUAUUGGGUUUUGAGCCGCCGCCGGCGCGGGCGCCGCCGAUCCCCGAGGAAUUUCAAAGACCGUCGUCGGCGGACAUCGCGGGCGCGCGCGCGCGGGCCGAGAAGUACUGUAGGAGGGCGGGCGCGCCGGCCGAGGCGCCCCUGCGCGUGCCGCCUUUAUCAGGUCCGCCCUGGCACCCGCCGCGGCACCGCUUCAAUCCCCUGCAGGAGGCGAACCCGCAGACUGACGCGUUCCUCAAGAUGCUCGGGUUGGAGCACGUCGUGACCGUGCCCGUGACGGCGCAGAUGCGACCUUGUCCGCCGUGCAAGCCGCUCGCGUCGACCACGGCGCACGAUGCCGUGUUCGCCAACGCGGCGCCGCCGCCUGUGCCACCGCCUACUACGGAGGCCUCCGGCGUCUCGACGCCUCCGCCGCCGUCACCACCGAAACGAUCGGAGCUUGUGCUGCCGCCCCCUGUGAAUGAUUAAUCGCC